AUGACUUCAAACAGCGAGAAUCGGUCAAACAAACUGAAUGAGAAGCGUACGAGUGUUCAAAUGAAGACAAGCUUCUCACAAGAGGUCUACAAGACACCUAUCAAACAAAUUCUUACUGCUCCAUCACAGUCUCAUUCACGAAUCACACCAGGUGGACAGCUCUUCCUCUGUGUGAUGGGUCUUUUGAUCAGUGUGGCCAUCAGUAUCUGGCUUGCGGCGUUCAGUCGUGAAAGCGGAUGGCGUCGUGCCGUAUUCUCAUCGGCAGCUGCCAUUUGCGCAAUUCUUUUCGUUCUUCUCACUAUCAUGACCUACAAAAGAGCCAAGAACCCACCAGAGCCAGAGCCACUCCCAGAUCUCUCCCAACGUCGUUCCACCAUCGGAGCUCGAGUCAGCAAACGAUCAAUUGCCGCUGGGAUGAGUGCAGACUCAGAUUGCCCAACCCAGGUCCUAGUUACCGGAACACGUGGUUCAAUCCCAUCUUAA